AUACCGAAUCGAAUUGUAGAGCCGUACCAAUCGGUUUACUAACGAUCUCGUUUAAUUCAUUGACAUUUUGCUUGGAAUAAUAAUCAGGAGGUUUGUAAUUUUUUUAUAUAAUAUAUACAACUAUGAUCUACUAUUAGCUUUAUGUCUUGUUUCAAGAAAUCUAAAGUUGCCGGCUGAAUCUCUAUUUAAAACUGUUUUCAUGAGCGAUAUUUACCCUUUUUCAGGUAUUUGCAAUGGAUUUCCAGCAUAGAGCAGGAGGUAAAACGGGAAGCGGAGGAGUAGCUUCUUCAUCCGAAACAAAUAAGGACAGGCGAGAGCGUCUUCGAUUAUUGGCGUUGGAAACGAUCGAUUUGGCCAAGGAUCCUUAUUUUAUGCAAAACCAUCUUGGUACCUAUGAGUGCAAACUAUGUUUAACUUUACACAACAACGAAGGAAGCUAUUUGGCUCAUACUCAAGGAAAGAAACAUCAAGCCAACUUGGCUAGAAGAGCAGCUAAAGAAGCAAAAGAUGCUCCGGCAAUGCCAACAACUGAAAAAUCUCGGGUCGAUAUUAAAAGAUUCGUUAAGAUUGGUCGACCCGGUUAUAAAGUGACCAAGCAGAGAGAUCCAGAAACAGGCCAACAGUCGCUAUUAUUUCAGAUAGAUUAUCCCGAGAUUGUUGAAGGUGUAAUACCUAGACAUAGAUUUAUGGCAGCAUACGAGCAGAGAAUUGAACCUCCUGAGAAGAAAUGGCAAUAUUUACUAUUUGCAGCAGAACCUUACGAAACAAUCGCUUUUAAAGUACCUAGUAGAGAAGUUGACAAAGAUCCUAGAAGAUUUUGGACCCAUUGGAAUAAAGAAACAAAGCAGUUUUUCUUACAAUUCGCCUUUAAAAUGGAUAAAGAUAAAGGAAUAGGAAUGUUACGAAUAGCUCCUUAUUGA